AUGGCUCCCACAGCUGCCAAGAAGAAGAUUGCCAUCAUGACCUCGGGAGGUGACUCCCCAGGCAUGAACGGCGUCGUCCGCGCCGUAGUCCGAACCGCACUUCACAUGGGAUGUGAACCCUACUGCAUCUACGACGGAUACGAAGGCUUGGUAGUAGGCGGAGACCAGAUCAAAAAGGCGGAAUGGGGUGAUGUGCGCAACUAUCUUGGCCAGGGCGGUACUCUGAUUGGAACCCGCCGCUGCAUGGCCUUUUACGAACGACCCGGUCGUGUGACUGCUGCCAAGAACAUGAUUCUCAACGGAAUUGAUGCCUUGAUUAUUUGCGGUGGUGACGGUUCCCUCACUGGUGCUGACAAGUUCCGCGCCGAAUGGCCUUCCUUGAUUGAGGAGCUCGUCUCCUCCGGCCAGCUCAAGAAGGAGCAGGUUGACCCCUACAGACACCUCAACAUUGUUGGUUUGGUUGGAUCAAUCGACAAUGACAUGUCAGGCACCGAUGCCACCAUUGGAUGUUACUCUGCCCUCGAGCGCAUCUGCGAAAUGGUCGACUACAUUGAAGCCACGGCCUCGUCCCAUUCGAGAGCUUUCGUUAUCGAGGUCAUGGGCCGCCAUUGCGGCUGGCUGGCUCUCAUGGCCGGCGUUGCGACAGGUGCCGACUUUAUCUUCAUCCCUGAAAAGCCUAGGGAGGAGAACUGGGAGGAAGAAAUGUGUGAUAUUGUGAAGAGACACCGAAGCUUUGGAAAGCGCAAGACCAUCGUCAUCAUUGCCGAGGGCGCCAACGAUAGCAACGGCAAGAAGAUCACAUCCGAAAUGGUCAAGGACCUGCUCGCAGACAAGAACGGGCUUGCUCUGGACACCCGCAUCACAACCCUCGGUCACGUUCAGCGUGGCGGUACGGCCGUCGCCUACGACAGAAUGCUGGCUACCCUCCAGGGUGUAGAGGCCGUCAAGGCCGUUCUGGAAGCCACUCCCGAGACCGAGACCUGCUUCAUCGCCAUCAACGAAAACCAAAUCUGCCGCAAGCCACUGAUGCAGGCUGUCAAGGAUACCAAGGAGGUUGCAAAGGCGGUUGACGAGAAGCAGUUCGAAAAGGCAAUGGGCCUCCGUGACACUGAGUUUGCCGAGAUGUUCAGCUCUUACAUGAUGACCACAAACGUCAGAGUGGAUGACCACCAUCUGCCGGAGAAGGAGAGAAUGAAGAUUGGCUUCAUCAAUGUUGGCGCACCUGCUGGUGGUAUGAACGCUGCUGUGCGCGCUGGUGUUGCUUACUGUCUUUCGCGCGGCCAUGAACCCGUCGCCAUUCACAAUGGCUUUGCCGGAUUCGCUAGGCAUCAUGGCGAUAAGCCCGUCGGUGCCGUGCGACCUUUCGACUGGCUUGAGGUUGACAGCUGGGCCAGCAAGGGAGGAUCGGAAAUCGGUACCAACCGAGAACUUCCUGCAGAGUCGGGCAUGGAGCUCAUUGCCAAUCUGAUUGAAAAGUACGAGUUUGAUGGCUUGUUCCUCGUCGGUGGCUUCGAAGCCUAUCACGCCGUUUCGCAACUGCGCAAGGCCAGAGAGCUCUACCCCUCUCUGUGCAUUCCCAUGGUUCUCCUGCCAGCUACGAUUUCCAACAACGUUCCUGGAUCAGAAUACUCUCUUGGCUCCGAUACUUGCUUGAACGAGCUUGUGCAGUACUGCGACAAGAUCAAGCAGUCCGCUUCCGCCACGCGUCGCCGUGUGUUUGUCGUUGAGACACAAGGUGGCAAAUCUGGAUACAUCGCGACUCUUGCCGGUCUCAGCGUCGGCGCGAGCGCUGUUUACACGCCAGAGGAGGGCAUGGACCUCGAGAUGCUGGCCGCUGACGUUCGCCAUCUCCGUGAAAUUUUCUCCAAGGAUAAGGGCCAGUCGUCAUCUGGACGCUUGAUCCUCAUCAACGAGAAGGCUGACGAUGUGUUCAACGCCAAGCUCAUCGCAGACAUCAUCCGCAAGGAGGCACGCGGCCGAUUCGAAUCUCGCGACAGUAUCCCCGGACACGUCCAGCAGGGUGGCGUUCCUUCGCCCAUGGACAGAUGUCGUGCCGUCAGACUGGCGAUCAAGUGCAUGCAGCACCUCGAGGAGUUCCGUCCCAAGUCGCAUAACAGGUGUAAGAGGGACCCCAUGAGCGCCUCUGUCAUUGGUAUCAAGGGUGCCAGCGUCACAUUUACGCCCAUUUGGGAUCUCGAGGACCACGAGACGGACUGGAAGAACCGUCGGCCCAAGAACGUUCACUGGGCGCACAUGGGCGAUGUGGUCAACAUGUUGUCCGGCAGACCUCUCCACCACACACCGGAGAAGCCAAUCACCGGCCUCAAGGCAAAGGACGUCAAGAGAGGCCUCGACGAUUGA